AUGGGCGUGAUCGCUGCCUGUCAAGUAUGCAAUAGCGAGACGCAUUUUGCUGUGAGAUGCGACAAGCUUCCUCUAGUCGAGUUUCUCCUUAACCGCGGCGCUGACCCUAACGCCAACCUCUGUGAAGAUUUCUAUUCGACACUCGAGUCCGCCAUAGUCUCUAACGCAAGCCUGUCUAUUAUUUCUCUUCUGAUCGAUCGUGGAGCUGUUGUAAAACAACGCAGCGCUGCUCUCCUUGCCGCCCGGGGCGGGCGUCUAGAUGUCUUAAAGCACCUCAUUUCUUCUGGUGCUGGAGUCGAUUCCAUCCCCGACAAUGAGGAUGUGUACGACGACGCGCGCGAGCAAGACGAUUGGGGCACGCCGCUCCAUGGAGCUUCAGGAAAUGGCAAGGCUGAUUGUGUCGCGUGGUUACUUCAAGCAGGAGCAUCUCGUGACAUCAAAAACCACAACGGCUUAACUCCUAGGGAGGCGGCGGAAAAGAGAGGGCAUGCACGGUGCGUGACAUUGAUAGACCGGAAUGGAAACGAAGGUGGCUGUGUAGUUUCGUGA